GCGGGAGGGCGGGGGUCGGGCAGAGCCGCCGCGGCCUCGGCAGCAGCUGCAGCCGGAGCUGCCGGAGCGGCACGGGCGGCCAGGCCCCCGCCAUGGAGAUCGAGAAGGAGUUCCAGCGGCUCGACCAGGCCGCCAGCUGGGCCGCCAUCUACCAGGACAUCAGGCAUGAAGCCAGUGAUUUUCCGUGUAAAGUGGCCAAACAUCCCAGAAACAAAAACAGAAAUAGGUACAGAGAUGUCAGCCCCUUUGAUCACAGUCGAAUUAAGCUAAACCAAGGUGACAAUGACUAUAUCAAUGCUAGUUUGAUAAAAAUGGAAGAGGCCCAAAGGAGCUACAUCCUUACCCAGGGACCUUUGCCAAAUACUUGUGGUCACUUUUGGGAGAUGGUUUGGGAACAGAAAAGCCGUGGUGUUGUCAUGUUGAACAGAGUGAUGGAAAAGGGAUCUAUAAAGUGUGCACAGUACUGGCCACGGAAGGAGGAGAAAGAAAUGUUUUUUGAAGAUACAAACUUGAAAUUAACAUUGAUAUCUGAAGAUAUAAAAUCCUACUACACAGUACGACAGCUGGAAUUGGAAAACCUGACCACCCAGGAAACUCGGGAGAUUCUGCACUUUCACUACACCACCUGGCCCGACUUUGGGGUCCCAGAGUCGCCGGCCUCGUUCCUGAAUUUCCUGUUCAAGGUGCGGGAGUCGGGCUCGCUGAGCCCCGGGCACGGCCCGGUCGUGGUGCACUGCAGCGCUGGCAUCGGGAGGUCGGGCACCUUCUGCCUGGUGGACACCUGUCUGCUGCUGAUGGACAAACGGAAAGAUCCUUCUUCUGUGGACGUUAAGCAGGUUCUCUUGGAAAUGAGGAAGUACAGGAUGGGGCUCAUCCAGACUGCAGAUCAGCUCCGGUUCUCCUACUUAGCUGUUAUUGAAGGGGCAAAAUUCAUCAUGGGAGAUGCUUCAGUGCAAGAGCAGUGGAAAGAGCUCUCCAAUGAAGACCUGGAGCCACCCCCUGAACACACCCCCCCACCUCCCAGGCCCCCAAAGAGAACCUCAGAGAUGCACAACGGGAGGAUGCACGAGCACCCGGAGCUCUUCCCCAAGCACCAGGCAGUGGAGGAGGAGAUCAGGUGCUCAGUGAGCAGCGUGGAGGAGGCGGUUCCGGAUGGCAGAGCCCGAUCAGCUGUGCCCCUGAGCACAGACAGCACUAGUCACGACACUGAACCCCGGAGGAGAACUGUUGGUGAGAACCCGCGGCUCUCGCCCCACCAGGAAGAGUCCGUGAAGGAAAACUCGGAGGAGGAGGAUGAGAACGUGGUGGCAACUUGGAAGCCCUUCCUAGUGAAUAUCUGCAUGUUCACUUUCCUCACAGCAGGAGCUUAUCUCUGCUACAGGGUGUGUUUCCAUUGACCAGUGCCCAGGAGCCGCCGCGGGAGCCGCUCCCGGCUUGUGCUCAGCUCCUCGGAGCCACUCGAGGCAGGGCAGCCUUGGCUCAGAGCAGGUAGAUUUAGGGGGAAAGGCCAGAACUUUGGGUAGGGCUUAACGAGAGAAUUGAUGCACUAGGGUUUUAUCCAGCCCUGUGGUCCCAAGAACAUAAUAUUGUAAUCUCAGGGCCUUGAAAUAUUCAGGAGUGAGCAGAGAAAAUGCCAAAUAGUCUGUUUUCCUUUUUUUUUUUUUUUUUUUUUAAACUAACUAAUAGAAUUACAACACAUUGUUGUUUUUAGCCUUUUUUAAAAAGCCAGUUCAUUUUCUUUUGUUUCAGAAAAACUGGGCACAAGUGAAACUUGCUUGUACUCUCCAAGUGUUGUAACCAAAUACAUGACUUACAUUGACAAAUUCCCAAAAAAAGAAAAAGAAACCCACAUACCUGAAGAAUGUAAACUUUUGGAAGGGGAGGUGUGUUUGUGGUUGGUUUUUGGUUUGUUUUUUGUUUUUUUUUUUUAAACUUGCUUCAUCUUUAAAGACUGAGUUGUGGGCAGUGCCUGUGGUAUUGAUAUAUUUAAUCUUGGCAUAACUGUUCCUAAAGAGCUGAUUGUUUUACUUGUGUUGAUAGAACCAGGCUUCUGCAUUUGCUCAGGGUAUCCCAACAUGUCCAGCUCUUUGAUUUUUUUUUUUUUUUUUUUCUUUACUAAGUGUAUCUCCUCAUUGACUUUUGUUGCACUCUACUUGCACAUAUGCCUCUUUACAUUGCACCAUCCUUUCUAAAGCUGUUUUUACUUUUAUAUUCUGGGUUGGGAGAGGUCGAGGGGAGGGAGAGAAACAGGAAGGGAAAUUCAACCAAACCAUGUCCACCAGCAGUGGGGCCAUGCCUAUGGCCCGUGGCAGGACCAGUCCUUAAACCUCAGCAUUUGGAAUGUAAAAUGCAGUUUCACUCUGCAGCUGCUCCCUCAGGCCCAGCGUGGCCCUGGCGAGGGGCUCUGAGCAGGGAAGCGUUGGGGAAAUCCAGAGCAAUCCCUGCUGGGGCAGCUUCCCUGAGCCAGAACAGCCCAGCAGGAGCCGUGCUGGGCUCUGAACAAAUCCCUUGGCUUAUGAUGCCAGCGUUGCUCAAAGCAAAGAUUCCAGUCCUGGCUGCAGUUGGGGGGCAGACACGGCUCAGCCCCGUGGGAUCCCACAGCAGCCAGGGCUCCGGGGGGAAAGUGCUGGUAAGGGAGGAUUGGGGUGUGGGGGGAGGACUGGGACUGGAAGGCAGCAUUGCACCAAGCAGCCAGUGCUGUUCCUCUGGGCAGUACCAAAUUAUUAAUAGUUGAAACAAUAAUAGCAAAGAUUUCUUUGCUUGUGUCAUGGUGCAGACAGGAGCAAACUCACUCCUGGGAGCUGUAGUGACUGAACUGCCCCGUGACAGCUGAUCUGCAGCAGUGUUACUGAUUUUUUUUAUUUCUAAAGUCUUUCUAGAUUUAUAGCACUUAACCAGCCCUCAGUGCAGCCCUCGCUGUGGAGGAGCCCAGGGGAGUCCCUCCACUCCAUAUUUAUUUUUGCCAAGCUGGCUGUAGGUGUAGCUCUUCCUUCAGUGGGUGAGUAGGUGAAGGGGUGGGUGGGGGUGGGAGUUACUUCUAUUUUGUGUUUUGUUAAGCUUGCAUCAAGGGCUUUUCAAGAGUACAAUAAUAAAUCCUCAGGUAGUACUGGGAAUCAAUCCUUUACCUGUGAGACUGUCGGUCAGACCAGUACUUGAAAGGAGGAAUGUUGUAAUCAGUCAAUAUUUAGUUAUAUUAUUGGAAACAGGAAAAAUGAGUAUAGAAAAAUGGUAAUAUAUAAUGGCUCAUCUGUGUAUUUAAGAUACAUUCUGUGAUUGCUUUGUCCCCACUGUUCUCUGCAGCGUAGGCAGGACCCUGCCCUGAGGCACCAUUUGUACCCCUUUGUAUUAAAGUGCAUGUGAAGUCUGCGGUGUCCCGAUGAAACACCACGUGCUUGAAAGGUGACAGAACUUAUAUUCCUGCUUCCUGAUGUGCCCAAAUGAUAUUUGCAUGACCUGAUCCUUAGUGGCUGUGGUUCAGAGGGUGUUGCUGAGUCUCUCUGUUCAGCACUGGACUGAUUGGUGUUUAUCAGAGCCCAUGUACUCGCCUAAUCCUUGGCAUGACUUCCCGUGGGAUCCCGUGUGCUCCGUGUGCCCGGUGGUAGCAUGUUCCUUUCAGCUGAGUGAGUGUAAUACAGACAUUCCAGAGAGUUCAGGCAGCCCUUCCACACCUCCCCUGGCACUGGGACACCUUGGGAAAGAAACAAACCCAACCCACCUCUGGCCAUGUUCCCAAGAGGGAAUAUUUUAAAUCUUAGGUAUGGCAGGAAAACAAAGGAUCCUUCCUUUGAAUACAGAGUUAUUCAAUUGCAAAGGAUUCUACCCAGACAAAGUUCCUGCAGCUGACAGAAGAACUUUGAGCAUCCUCUUCCUGCCUGUUUCUUUCCUGUGUUCCAGGCCCAGCUCUGACCCUGCCCCAGGACACAGUGACUGUGCCCCGAGCCCAGGGAGGUGUGGGCAGGGCUGGGAAUCCUGAGCUGUGCCCAUUUUGUUUGCUGUCCUGUACUGUCUGUGGUAGUUGGGGGGUGUAUAUACCGUAGCACAGUGGGGUGUUGGGUAACCUGUUCUUGGAAAUGGACAAACAUCCAUGUUAGACUCGUUAGAAAGUUAGUGAGCUGCUCUGCUAUCUGCCUUAAGCAAAUAUUUACUCAUCAGGUCUUUCUUUUUUACAGAUUGCCAUAGAAUAAACUUUUAUAAAAAAAUGUAAAAACUCAACAAAAAAGCUGAAUGUUUUGGUAUAAUACAGUUUCAGGUAUCUUGUCUUUUGUGUAAGCCGCUGCUGGGCCUCCCAGGUUAGAGUACAACUGUACAGUUUUUCAAUCUCCCAUACAAGUUUUCAGUUCUCAUUUUAGUUGUAACAAUAAAACUCUUUUUUUAAAGAACUCA